AUGUCUAAAUUCUACGAUCUCAAGCCAUUGGAUGCCAGAGGCGAGCCUUUCCCUUUCUCGGAGUUAAAGGGCAAAGUUGUUGUCAUAAUCAACGUUGCCUCCAAAUGUGGCUUUACGCCUCAGUAUAAGGAGUUGGAAGAAUUGAACAAAAAAUACAAGGACAAAGGAGUUCAGUUGAUCGGAUUUCCUUGUAACCAGUUCGGCGGUCAGGAGCCCGGCAGCUCGGAGGAGAUUGCGUCUUUCUGCCAGCUUAAUUAUGGCGUCACUUUUCCAGUGCUCAAGAAGAUCGAGGUCAAUGGCGAUAAUGCAGACCCAGUGUAUAAGUGGUUGAAGGAACAAAAGUCUGGACUCUUGGGCCUUACUAGGAUUAAAUGGAACUUCGAGAAGUUUUUGAUUGACAAGCAAGGUAAUGUCGUGGAGAGAUACUCGUCGCUUACUAAGCCAAAGUCGUUGGAGCCCAAGAUCGAGGAGUUGUUGAAGGCUUAA